UAAAUUUUGAGACAGGGUCUUAUGUAUCAUGGAGCUCAGGCUUACUUUGAACUUGCUAUGUGGUUGAGGAUGGUCUUGAACUUGUCUCCCAAGUGCCGGUGUUCCUGGCGUGUUGCCACCAUGCCUAUCACCUCAUCUUUUUCUUACUUGUUUUUGAGACCGGAGUCUUCCUAUGUAGCCCAGGCUGGCCUCAAAACUCUCACUCAUGUAGCAUCAGCCUGCUCAGUGCUGAAGCUACAGGUGUGUACCAUCAUGUCUUCCUGUCUCAUUUUGUCCCUAAACCUGUGGCGUUAACUGCUUGCCGCAGCACAUCCGUCUCACAGGGCCCACCGGCUCCUGAGGAGGUGUGUUCCGGGCCAGCUGUCCUGCUCUGAAUCCCUGUCUCCUUCCAGAUGCCCAUCACUCCCCUUUGGGGGGCUGGGAGAAAAGAGGCAUCCUGGCCUGAAGCAGGAGAACUGGACUCCUCCCUCUCUCCUAAGCUCUAACAAAAGGGAGACCUCAUCUGUCCAGUGGGAAACCUGGGCCCUAUCCCACUGCUCACAUCCCCAGGUCCUGUGAGGGAUGUGUACCCUGGAAGAGGCCUAGCCAACAUUCCACUGACUCCUGAGACCCAGAGGGACCAGGAAAGGCGGAUUCGACGGGAAAUUGCCAAUAGCAACGAGCGGAGGCGCAUGCAGAGUAUCAAUGCGGGCUUCCAGUCCCUCAAGACCCUUAUUCCCCACACAGACGGAGAGAAGCUCAGCAAGGCAGCCAUUCUCCAGCAGACAGCAGAAUACAUCUUCUCUCUUGAGCAGGAGAAGACUAGACUCCUGCAGCAGAACACGCAGCUCAAGCGUUUUAUCCAGGAGCUGAGUGGCUCAUCCCCGAAGCGGCGGCGGGCAGAAGACAAGGACGAGGGCAUUGGCUCACCCGACAUCUGGGAGGAUGAGAAAGCUGAGGACCUUAGGAGAGAGAUGAUCGAGCUGCGGCAACAGCUGGACAAGGAGCGCUCCGUGCGGAUGAUGCUGGAAGAGCAGGUGCGCUCUCUGGAGGCCCACAUGUACCCGGAAAAACUCAAGGUGAUUGCCCAGCAGGUGCAGCUGCAACAGCAGCAGGAGCAGGUGCGGCUGCUGCACCAGGAGAAGCUGGAGCGGGAACAGCAGCACCUGCGGACCCAGCUCCUGCCUCCUCCUGCCCCCACCCACCACCCCACCGUGAUUGUGCCUGCGCCAGCCCCGCCUUCCUCCCACCACAUCAAUGUUGUCACUAUGGGUCCUUCCUCAGUCAUCAACUCUGUCUCUACAUCCCGGCAAAAUCUGGACACCAUCGUCCAGGCCAUCCAGCACAUUGAGGGCACCCAGGACAGACAGGAGCUGGAAGAGGAACAGAGGCGAGCAGUUAUUGUGAAGUCUGUCCGCAGCUGCCCGGAGGCCCACACCUCUGAUACCGCCUCGGACUCCGAGGCCUCGGACAGCGACGCCAUGGACCAGAGCCGGGAGGAGCCUUUGGGGGACGGGGAGCUUCCCUGACCACCCCCAGCCCUCCUCUCCCUUCUGGGGGCUAGAGGGGGCCGGGGCAACAACAGGGAGAAACAUGGGUGAAUGAGGAAUUUUUACAAAAUUAUGAUGUCAUUUGGGUCUCUUUUAUGACCUCCUUUUCAAUACUGUAAGUCGACCUUUGAUCGAAGCCACCGGAGCCCAGGUCCCGGGGUUGUGGUGGUGCAUAGCACGAGUGGGAGCAUCGGGACUCCAGGGCUGGGCCUCGGCCCUGGGGCCGAGGAAGCUGACACUGAGGUGCCUGGCCUCUCUCGCCAAAAAGCUUUUUUAUUUUUUGUUUUUGUUUUGUUUUUGUUUUUUCCUUCCAUUUAAACGUGUUUUUAAGAACAGGGAAAAUCAAACAAAACCCCAAGUGUUUUGCUUCCUCCCCAGAGCCAGCCCGAGGCCGUCUGUCUCCACCUCUUCCCUCUAUUGGGUUGUCUUUUUCUCUUUUAAGCACUUACAUGGGUUGGGGGUCAGGCUGGGUUGGGGCUUUCUGGGGAUCCGGACCCGGGAACAGGGGGACCCGGGAAUCGGGGAUCAACAUUGCUUCUCGGUUGGGGUUUGCUGCUGCCAUUGUCCCCUCCCUCUCCCCACCUCAGCAACAGAAUUGGCCACUCUCUGCCUCCACCUUCCACCUUCCCCUGCAGGGUUCCUGUCAUUGAUCCCAAAAAUGUCUUUGUCUCUCUUUUUGUUUUGUUUGUUGUUGGUUUUAUUUUGGUUUUGGUUUUGUAUUUUUUUUUUUUAAUUUUAAAUUUUCUUUUUUUUUUUUCUUUCUUUUUUUACAAUUUUGAGGUCUUUGUGUCCAAGGAGAAGCUAUUAUAUUUUGUUAAGAAAAUGGGGGUAGGGAACAAAAUACCAAGAGGCCAUUGUGCCUUUGUAAAGAAACAAAAUAAAAUUUGUACUUUGUUUUUUA